ACUGAUCCAGGGAGUGUGCAAUCAGAGAAGGUGUGUAACUAAAGCCUCUGUGUUAGAGGGUAAGGGGAGCUGGAGAAGAGCAGGCACAAGGAGUGCUCUGGUUACUAUCAGCCUGUGACUUGUCUUCAUGUGCCAGAGAGUAAAGAACAGAGCAAAAGUUGCGAAAAAGAGCAGAGGAGUCAAAGCAUAGCGAGAUGGGAAAGGUGACAAAGGCAGGCAUCCUUUUGUGAUGGACACCUUAUGAUUGGAGAAAAAGGAGUACUUGGAUGGUUGAGGAUGUUCUUCCCUCUUGGUCACACUUAAAGAACCUGGUAGACCAAGCUCAAGUUCAGAAAAUGAGCAGAAGACGACGAGCAAAUGAAGCUUCGGAGUGAAGCAGUCAAAAAAGCUGGACGGGUUCAACAGGCGAGAGGGGGAGGCGGCACGCUGAAGAUGAGGAGAUAAGCGGUCGAGAGCAAAAUGAGUCCACGCGGCACAAGAGACCGACGACAGGCUCUCCGCCGAGGGGCUUGACUCAAGCCUUCGCCGCGACUAACCUGAUUAGGCAAGUGGAGGCUGGGAGGGAAGGUGGAAAACCAAAGCAGGAAUUACAACAGGUCAUUUGGUGAAAGAAGACUCUUAAAUCUGGGAGCCGGAAUUAGAGCUGAAGAAACAGCAGCGAGGAAGCCACAAAACCACAGUCGAGAUGCCGUCCAAUGGGAAUCAUGCUUUGACGCUUCGGUUUGGUCUGAUCAACCACGAAGGCUGCUACCUCACAGCUGAGAGAUUUGGCUUUAAGCUCAAUGCUUCAGCUCCAAGCAUGAAGAAGAAGCAGAUCUGGAUUCUGGAGCAGGAGUCUCAGGACACCAGGGUGGUGUACCUGCGUAGCCACCUCGGGCGCUACCUGGCCUCCGACAAGGACGGCAAGGUGAGCUGCGAGGCGGAGGGCCGCCACUCGGAAUGCCGUUUCCUCAUCGCGGCCCAGUCGGACGGUCGCUGGGCUCUUCAAUCCGAGCAGCACCUCCGCUUCUUCGGCGGCUCCAGGGACUACCUGUCCUGCUUCGCUCAAGGUGUCACAGACGCCGAACUGUGGGUGCUGCACCUGGCUCUGCACCCGCAGGCCAACUUGUUGUCGGUGGCCCGCAAGCGCUACGCCCAUCUCUUGGCGGAGGACGGCGAGAUCUCGGUGGAUAUGAACAUUCCCUGGGGGGUGGCCGCAAUCCUGACCCUCGUCUACCAGAGCGGCAAGUACUGCCUGAAGACCUGCGACGGCCGCUUCCUCAGCAAUGAUGGGAAGCUGGUGAAGCAAAGCGGCAGGACCACUACGUACACGCUGGAGCUCAAAUGUGGAAAGUUGGCUUUCAAAGACUGUGAGGGGAAGUAUUUGUCUCCCAUGGGCCCCAGCGGCACCUUGAGGUCCGGCCGCUGUUCCAAACCGGGCAAAGAUGAACUAUUUGACCUGGAGGAGAGCCAACCGCAAGUGGUUCUGACGGCAGCCAAUGGGAAACACGUCUCCAUGAGGCAAGGCGUAAGCCUCGCCGCCAACCAGGAAGACGAGACGGAUACGGAGACGUUUCAGAUGGAGAUGGACAAGGAGAGCAACAAGUGUACUUUUCGAACCAGCCGUGGCAACUACUGGGCCCUGGUGGACCACGGAGGCAUCCAGAGUACAGCCACGCAAGUUUCAGCUAACACCAUGUUUGCAAUGGAGUGGAUUGGUCACAAGAUAGCAUUAAAAGCAAACAAUGGUAAAUAUAUCUGCACCAAGAAGAAUGGACAGUUGCUAGCUGUCAGUGAUUCUAUAGGGGAGGACGAACAGCUGAGUUUGAAACUAACCAACCGGCCCACGUUGAUCCUCCGAGGUGAGAAUGGUUUCAUCUGCCACCACAAGAACUCCAACACUUUGGAUGCGAGCAGAUCUGUUUACGACAUCUUCAGUCUGCAAUUCAGCAACGGGGCCUACCAUAUUAAAGGUGCGACCGGUCGCUUCUGGUACGUCAACAGUAGCGGGCUGGUGUGCUCGGACGGUGAAGUGCCCGAAGAUUUCGGCGUGGAACUCCCGGAGCGCGGCCGCCUCGCCAUUCGCAGCAGGAGCGGCCACUAUCUGCGCGGCGACCAGGGAGGCACGCUGAAAGCAGACGGACUCAGCUUGAACAGCUCGGCUUUGUGGGAGUAUUAAUAAAAAAGGGGGGAGAAAACGUACCUGUGACCUCGCUGUUGGUUCUGUUGUCAUGGAGACGGCAGUGCCUAGAAAUUGAAGUUUGAGGUACAAGAUGGAGGAUGGAUGGAGGCCCUUAUGAUUUAUUCCAAUUAGCAGGUUUUCAAAUGCCUCACAUCAUGAUGGAACCUUUAGCAUAUUUUUUAGAGCAAGCAGUCUAUUUCCCCGCUCGCUGUUUCUUCAAGGAAAGUGUAAUGACACCUCCCGCUCGUGGGGGGUCAUUUGAGAAAGACACAGGGACUGUCAAGGGAAAAUGGAGGUCACCUUUUAGACAGAGUCCUCAUUAGUGUGGUACAAGUGGCCCACGGAGUUUAUUAGCACAUGAGAUCAGGUUUCGAGAAAGAGUAGAUUCUACUGGACUGUAAUUAACACUCAUUCCCACUACAUUAAAUAAUCACAGCUUUUUCUUUCUUCCCUUGGUGGGAAUGUGGACAAAGUAGCGAUGGAUAUUUGACUAGAAAUUGUGGUGAAACUAUAGCACGUUCCUACAGUUCACUUGUACCUGUUGGAUUUUAAUCAACUCAAACCAGUGUUAUGAUUACCGAUGACAAAGUGCAAUGAUCAUUUCCUAUGCUUGGUUUUUCCUUUUGCAAUGAAGACAAUACUGCACUUUUCUUUCUUUUUCUAAUUUAUGAUCAAAGCUUUUUGUGUGAUGUCUCAAUCUCUUCAUUUAUUUAUUUACUACAAACAUGUUUUUGCUGACUUUGCCUGGAUAAACACAUUUGACAGUAAUAUGCUGCCCCCUAACGGAAUAUUGAUGUAUGAGUCACCAGAGAUCAUCGUUUAAGUGUGGUCUCUUUUUUUAUUAUUAUAUAU